AUGUCUACGAUAUCCUCCCCGCGCCCGUCCAUUGCGUCUUCGCGAGCAGUCUCACCUGCGCCGCCAUCAUCCCGUCCGUCCCUCGAUACUCUCAAUACAAACGUCGGUGGCGGUCUCAGUGCCUCUUCCACCCCAUCCACUGCCCGCGCUAUUUCACCGAAUCCCCGACGGAAUCGCUCAGCUUUGCGAGACUACUAUAAUCUUAAGCCCCCGGGUGCCGACUCGUCUAGCCCUGGACCUACCUCUCGAUCUCGCAGUGUCCCAAGAAACACCGAUGCCGGGGAUAUUUCGAACCCGACGUCUUUGACCUCAGGGACAGAGCUCGACAAUGCCGACUUUGAUCCACAACGCUACGUGGAGCAUUUGCUAUCUACCUCAUCACUAUCCACUAUUCUUAAGGCGGAGAAUACCCUCGUCGGCGAUAUCCGUACCCUUGACGGAGAGCGCAAGGCGCUCGUCUACGACAACUACUCUAAAUUGAUUCGUGCUGUUGAGACAAUCGGCAAAAUGCGGAAGAGUAUGGACGAUCGAGGUGCACCGUUAACAAUGACCAAAACUUUGGGUCCGGCCAUUGCGUUCGUGGCUGAGACGGCUGGCGGCCUAAUUAAGGAGGGUGAGGAGCAGCGAAAACGAAUUAAAGAGGCACGGGCCAAUGAGCCAGCGCCGGAGAAGAAAGCCGAGAAGGAGACUGUGAAGUGGGUGCUUGCAGCCCCUGAGCGACUAGGGGCUCUUCUGGACAAUGGGCGGCGGGAGGAUGCGGAGAAUGAUUGGAAGGAGGUUCAGCGACUGCUUGACGCCUGGGGUCAGGUUAAGGGUGUUGCUCAAAUCCGCGAGUCCUGCAACAAAGUCAUGAGCCAGAGCCAAGACGAUUGA